UGCUACAAACAAUGUAAGGGAAGUAAGAGUGGACGUCAAAAAGAAAAGAUUAAUACAACCAUCUAGGCCUAUAUGGUGUAAAAACGAAUGAAUCAACCGUGUACGUAAACAAACGACGAUCACUACAAUACCAUUUUUGUUGCAGUGUAGUAUGUCCAACAUAUUACUAUGAAUAGUUUAGAGAAGAAAGGGUGUGCGUCGCUAUUGAAGAUGCUGGAUCUUGAAGAUCUGAAGUCUCUACAAGAAACUGUGACGAAAAAACAAAUCGUAGCAGAAAAUGCAAAAGAAGCAAUCAAGAUAAUUAUGUUGUACAGCCAGAAUUCUGCCGAGUUACUAAGACGUAAGAAGAUACGUCGAGAUGUUUUGUUCGGGUACCUGGCGAAGAAAGGAGUCGUUGUUCCUGUCUCAGCUGAGAAGCAUCAACUCAUCUCAAAAUGUCUGGAGUUCUGGGGCUCGGAUGUUAAUCAAAACAGCUCAGUAUUGGAGUUAAAUGACGAUGAGCCAACACCAGAAAGUCGAUGCAAGACUGAAACCGGCACACGGCAUGAGACUGGGUUAAAAAGCUCUCACCAGAGACCGAGACACGAACCUCAUCCUGCUGCUGCGACCUUCACCUCAUCAUCUAUAAAGAUUGAGCUCACGAGCAACCAACAAACAGGAUUAAAACCGUCCCAUCAGAAUUCAGUACAUGGUUUGACCGUCACCUCCACAUUGAUAAAUGGACAGCUUAACACGCACCCACAAACUGAGGUCCAGAUCUCUCACCAGAGCAUGUUGCAUCAACCACAACCUGCUGCUUCUUCACCGACUGUCGCCGGGACAACCACAGACGAUGAACGGCAGGCUCUCGGCGAGACCUUUGCUGCGUGGUUCUACAGGAUCCUGAACUCUCACAACCCGGCCAUGGGGCAGACGGCAGAGGAGUUCGGUCCUGAACAUUUCUGGAGUGACGCCACCUUGCAGCUGGUGUGCGUGACGCCCGAGCCGACGUCCGAUUCUUACAAUGGCAGCGUUCUCGUGUCCCAGAGAUUCCUGGCCCUGGUGAAGGAGGAGCUGCUACUGUUUAAUCCUAACAUCAGCACUGAUGGGGUCAGCGUUCUGGCCGACCGCCACGGAUUGACAUGCGUGGUGGUGUGUGGCACCAUACACAGAUACAACAACCACUUGGGGGUCUUCCAGCAGCUGUUUGGGUUGGUCAGGGACCCUAGGUUCCACAACAACUGGAAGAUAAAGAUGACUAAGCUGAGGAUACAGAGUGGACAGGUGACGACAAUGCCACGACUGCAGGACUGUGAUAAUUCAGAGUUACUUGCCCUUGGUGAUGUUUCCUCUUAAUGUAGUUUCACCAUGCAUAUAUGAGUGAUGAGUUGUGUAAAUUGUUUAAUAUAUAAAAUAGAUGGAGAUAAUUAAUAUCAUAAUGGUAGCUGACAUAUCUGCAGAUUUUAUACCUUGUUUUAAUGUGGAUUAUUUAAUUUUCUACUUUGAAAAGAAUCCAAAGGACAAAACUGAUAGUAUAUUCAAUCCAUUCUUAUUGUUGUUAAGACUAUCCGAGGGAUGUGUUAAUUGUCAUUCUGUCAUACAGCUGUGUAGGAGUAUGUUUGUGAGGACAGCCAUACUCCUGUAUAACAGGGUUCUUAUGCAUCCUGGAAAUCCUGGAAUGUCCUUGAAUUUUGUGAUUUUAAAAUCCAGGCCUGGAAAUGUCCUGGAAAUUUAGGCUUCAGUACAAGAAAACUGAAACCACAUCAGCUUACACUGUACCUAAGCUGGAAACAAUAGGACAGGCGCGGCGCAUGGGUGGUAGUGCUAUUGUUACUAAGAUUUUGCAAGGUGUCAUACAUGCUUGUGCAAUUUAUAACAAGCCAAGAUACCUGAUAAUAGUAAUCAACCUUUUGUUAUUAGAGUGCAAUGAUUAAAGGUACACAAUCUGUUGUAAUUCAUUACCUAUUUGUGGAAGUAAAAUAAUUAAUUACAUGAAAACAAAUGAAACCAAUGCAUUAAUAUAAAACAAUAAUUAUAUACAAAGGUCCACUAGUCAAUAUUAUUACAUUUGAACAAAGAAAGAAACACAAUAUUUGUUUAAAUGGCACUUCAUAACAUUUUAAUCUACAGCUGUUUGUUUAACAAACAUCUGAGCACUUUUUGAAUUGCAAUAGUGUUGUGUGAGCAUGUGAUUAUUUUGACACAUGGUGUGAGAUUUUAAAAAGGGAAACCUGCUGCCACUCCAUAAACAGGACAGGACAUACCACAUCAUUUGAUGUACAAAUUGUGGGGCAUUGGUUGGCCUCAAGUAAGUGCUCUACCACUGCGCUAUACAUUCAACCAUCUGCUGCAGGAAUUGCCUGUUUACAUGUUUGUUGUGAAUGUCGCUGUUAUUGUAAGCAUGAAUCCUGUCAGAAUCAUGUUUGUCAUGAAUGUUGCAGUUAUUGCAACCAUGUCUUCUGUCAGGAUCAUGUUUGUCAUGAAUGUCGCUGUUAUUGCAACCAUAUCUUCUGUCAGGAUCAUGUUUGUCAUGAAUGUCGCUGUUAUUGCAACCAUGUCUUCUUGUCAAGAUCAUGUUUGUUAGGAUCUUGUUUGUUGUGAAUACAGCUGUUAAUAUAACCAUGCAACCAUGUUUUCUUUCAGAAUCAUGUUGUGAAUGCAUUUUGUUUUCUUUUACAACCAUGUCUUCUUGUCAAGAUUAUGUUUGUUAUUGCAAACAUGUCUUUUGUCAGGAUCAUGUUUGUCAUGAAUGUCGCUGUUAUUGCAACCAUGUCUUCUGUCAGGAUCAUGUUUGUCAUGAAUGUCGCUGUUAUUGCAACCAUGUCUUCUGUCAGGAUCAUGUUUGUCAUGAAUGUCGCUGUUAUUGCAACCAUUACUCCUGUCAGAAUCAUCAUGUUGUGAAUGCAUUUUGUUUUCUUUUACAACCAUGUCUUCUUGUCAAGAUUAUGUUUGUUAUUGGAAACAUAUCUUUUGUCAGGAUCUUGUUUGUUGUGAAUACAGCUGUUACUAUAACCAUGACUCCUGUCAGAAUCAUGUUUGUCAUGAAUGUCACUGUUAUUGCAACCAUGUCUUCUUUCGGAAUCAUGUUGUGAAUGCAUUUUGUUUUCUUUUACAACCAUGUCUUCUUGUCAAGAUCAUGUUUGUUAUUGCAAACAUGUCUUUUGUCAGGAUCUUGUUUGUCAUGAAUGUCGCUGUUAUUGCAACCAUGUCUUCUGUCAGGAUCAUGUUUGUUAUUGCAAACAUAUCUUUUGUCAGGAUCUUGUUUGUUGUGAAUACAGCUGUUACUAUAACCAUGACUCCCGUCAGAAUCAUGUUUGUCAUGAAUGUCACUGUUAUUGCAACCAUGUCUUCUUUCGGAAUCAUGUUGUGAAUGCAUUUUGUUUUCUUUUACAACCAUGUCUUCUUGUCAAGAUCAUGUCUGUUAUUGCAAACAUGUCUUCUGUCAGGAUCAUGUUUAUUGUGAAUACAGCUGUUAUUGCAUCCAUGUCUUCUGUCAGGAUCAUGUUUGUUGUGAAUACAACUGUUAUUGCAAACAUGUCAUAUGUCAGUAUCACGUUAACGAAAUCUGUCUGUAUUCAAGAAACUGGUGGCUUGUUCAGGAGCUUGACUGAGUGCUUGUGAAUAAUUUGACUGUUACCAUUGUUUUCUAUUUUAUUACAUUCAUCUGAAUGUAAAACAUUUGUUGACCAUCCUGAACAGGCUACUGAUAUCAAUAAAUAUAUAACAUGCAGGGAACAUUUAGUUCACUAUCGCAUCGCGAUUCACUACACAUGAUUCAGAGAUCGCUACACAAUUUUAAAAUACUAAACAGUACUUGCUAAAUCAAUUUUUACCUAACUAAAAAUAUCGCUGAUCAAAGAUUUUGAAAACAAAAAUUUAAAUGUUCCCGGACAUUGCAGACCUAAUCAAUAUUGUAGUUGAUUGAACAUUUGUGUAUGUAUGUGUGUAUAUAUAUAUAUAUAUAUAUAUAUAUAUAUAUAUAUAUAU